AUGGUGCUAAAACAGUGCCAUUCGCGACUCAAACUCGGUGUUAAUCACCAAGAAAAGUGGUAUGACCUUUCUUUCAAUCAAGGCAGAGUUACCAGUGUUAUGACAGCGACCAUUUCCUCAAACAUGUCUUGUUUGACUGCUGCCAACACACUACCGUGUGUCCGGUGUAUCAUCACUCAACCUUUCAGGAGCUUUGAGAAGCCGGUAUGGAGAGGGAGACACGCAGGGCAAAAGAUUGUACAUCUUUCUGCAGGGACAUACAUGACUGCAAGAGGGCUGAGUACUUCCAUCCAGUCUGAAGGUGGGAAGCUGCUUUUUGACACCCAUGCAGUGGUACGACUCUUUGAGGAAAAUGGCUUCACAACUCAGCAAGCUGAGGUGAUUGUAAAAAUACUGGUGAAGAUGACAACUUCUAACAUGGAUGUCAUUUAUAGUGACAUGGUGACCAAAGUGCAGCAGGAGAUCAUGUUGCAGCGCUUGAUGUCUCAAAUAGCAUCUGUAAAGAAGGACAUGUUAAUCCUAGAGAAGAGUGAGUUCUCUACUUUACUGGCAGAAAAUGAGAAACUCAAGAACGAGUUACUGCACAUAAAGAUCCAACUGGCUGAUGUCAUGAAUAAACUGCGCUCAGACACAAUUAUGGACAUGAAUUUGGAGAAAAGUCGUUCAAAAGAAUUGAAAAUAGAGAAUGAGAAGUUGCUCCUAGAAACGCGAACUGAGAUAAUGGAAAUGACUGCAGAGCAAGAUCGCCAUUUAACUCAGACCAAUAUGAAAAUAGACACUGAAGUGGCCGGUUUGAAAACAAUGUUAGAAUCUCAUAAACUGGAUACUAUAAAAUACCUUGCAGGUUCAGUCUUCACCUGUCUUACUGUGGUCCUGGGAUUCUAUCGUAUCUGGAUGUAAGCAGGAUUAUGAAUACGAUUUUCAUAUAACGUCUCGUGACAGUGGACCUUCAAUGCAGCAACUGAAUUCGACAAUGAAAGAGAGACAACUAUAGUCUCUUAAAUUAUGGGAUUUCGCAAUUGUCGGUGCAAUCUUUUUUCAGAAGGGGGAGUUAUUGACAAAUGGCUCUUUCAACAGAUCACUGAUGUGACUCUUAGAAGUAAUGAAAUUAAGACUAUUUAAUGAUUUAUGGUGUCUGACCACUUAUCCAGAUAAGCUUGAUUGAAACAUAAGUAAAACAUUAUGUGUAUUUAUUUUUUAAUAUGUAUAUAUUGAAUUGUAGAUGUUGAAGAGAUGCUCAGCAGAAGCUGUUGCUAUUUAAAUUGUGUCUGACUUUUAUUUGCUUUGUGAUAUUUCAGUUUUAACAUGAAUUAUUUUUUUAAUCAAAUGAAUUGUCAAAAUGUUAGUUUAUCUUUCUAUUGAAGAUUAUGGUUAUUAGUAUAUUUAAUGUAGGCUACUGUUGAAAUGAGCUGGCCAUUGUCAAAGAGGUCAGCUCUUUGCCAUGGCAAUGUCAUUCUGCUUUUACUCUGCACUUCAUUAAAAUAUGUAUUUAUAUGCAUGAUU